AUGAGAAAUUUCAAGAGCUUCCUUCUGCUAGCAGCUCUCUCAGGAGCCUACGCUAGGAACUGCUGGUCCGGCCUGGUGUACUGCGGCUGGGAUCUCCUUAAAAUAGGAAAUUAUGAGGAAGAUAUCGAAGAUGCACUGGAACUUGCUGGACAGCCUAUAAAUGCACACACCAAAAGAGACUCGCUCUUUUUCUGCGGUGGGCCUGACGACCUGUCGUACCAGGGUACUUGCCACCGCGGUGAGUGCCAGUGGAAUAACAAUAACGAUUACUGCAAUGGCGAUUACGAUAUUGCACCGACUUUGCAAUUCUCAACUGGCGAAGCCUCUCUUCUGCGGUCACAGGGCCAUUAA